AAAAAAAAAAGUAUUAGAUCGAAGCUUAAUUACGAAGUUACAAUAUUUUGUCAAAAUAAAUAAAUAUAUAAAAUCCAUACACACUGUUCUCCAGAGCAUCAUUACGCUACUGAGGUUCGAUUGUUAUUUAUUUAAGACUCAGUCUUGAUUUUUAACAAUUGUUUAUUCAAUCUUCAAAGUGAAUGGCAUUGUUUCCACUAUUUACAUAUAAAUAAUAACCAGUGAACCAAAUUAAACAUGGCAGAAGAUAGAAGAUAAUAAUAAGUUCUCUCAUGGCACAGUCGAACAUUCCCAGUACCUGUUUCUUUAUGAUCCUAUGUUUAAGCCUUGUAAUUCACACUCAAUCCUGUGAUAAAAGUCAAAGUCGAUCAGAGAAGGCAGCCUUGUUUGUCUUCGGAGAUUCAUCUUUUGAUGUUGGAAAUAACAACUACUUCAACACUUCUUCUCGGGCCAAUUACCAUCCAUAUGGCGAAACCUUCUUUAAGUACCCAACUGGAAGAUUUUCCAAUGGCCGUUUAAUACCCGAUUUCAUCACUGAGUAUGCCGAGUUGCCCCUGCUUCCACCAUAUUUACAACCUGGUUAUAUUGACUACAGGAAAGGAGUCAACUUUGCUUCUGCUGGAGCUGGUGCUCUACUUGAAACUCGCCAAGGAUUUGUCAUAAGUCUUAAAACUCAGAUUGGUUACUUCAAAAAUGUUAGCCGGCUAUUGAGGGAGAAACUUGGGGAAGCAGAGGCCAUAACUUUGCUGUCAAAAGCUGUUUUCUUGUUCAGUGUUGGAGCCAACGAUUACUCGUUCCUUUUCGACACAAAUUCUAGUGCCCUUGAUUCCUUUUCAAGGGAAGAAUUUGUGGGGCUGGUGAUAGGGAACAUAAGUUCAGCGAUUGAGGAAAUAUAUAAGACUGGAGGAAGGAAAUUUGGGUUACAAAAUGUAAGACCUAUGGCUUGUGUACCAUAUGCAAGAGUUGUUGCAGCAGCAAAAUAUAACAUGUCCUGCUUGGAUCAGACUACACCAUUUGUACAGUCACAUAACAAAGAACUGUCCAAGCUCUUACUAAAGCUAAACAAUCAGCUCAGAGGAUUCAGAUUUUCAUUUUCUGAUUAUUUCACUUUUGUAAAAGAAAGAAUGGAUCACCCUCUUAAAUAUGGUUUCAAAGAAGGGAUGGUUGCUUGUUGUGGUAGUGGACCGUACAGGGGGAUUUUCAGCUGUGGAGGGAAAAUAGUGAAAGAGUAUUAUUUAUGUGGUAAUGUAAGUGAGUAUGUGUUCUUUGACUCAGCUCAUCCCACUGAAAGGGCGUACCAGCAAUUUGCCGAGCAAGCUUGGAAUGGAAAGGCCAGCCUUAAAGGGUCUUACAAUCUGAAACAACUUUUUAAAUCUUAGUACAACUAUAUCAAUUCGACAGGGCAUCUUUUGGUAUUUGUUUCAUUAAUUCCUCUGUCUCCUCAUGUUUGUAAUGUCUUUAUUAUUUGUCAUGGUUUUCUUCUAAUAAAGUUCUUCUGUAGUGAAUGUUU